AUGCCCUACGAUUCCGAGCACCACGAUGCCCACAGCAGCACUGGCGGACACGUCCCCCACCCGCUGCACCCGGACGAGCCCCCUGUAGCGGCGACCGAGACCGGCGGACCGGACACGUCGCCGGGUGACCUCGAGCAUCCGCACCUGUAUCGCUACGAGACCGUAUCCGGCUUCUUCCUGCAGACGGAGGGAUCGAAGCACGUCGAGUUCGAGGAUCUGCUCGAGCGUCAUUUCGGCCUCCUCGACACAUCGCCGCAGCGGUGGGCCAACUUUCGCACCCGCAUCGCCGAGCUUCAACGCAACGCGGCGCCAGGCGAGGCUUACAAGGUCCUCUUUCUCGGGCGGCAUGGGCAGGGAUGGCAUAACUUUGCCGCGGCCAAGUACGGAUACGAGGCCUGGGAGACACACUACACGUAUCAGACGACGGACGGCGAGCUGACGUGGGGCCCAGACCCCGAGCUAACGAACUUGGGUCAUGAACAGGCCCGCGCAGUCCGCCGGACGUGGGGGCGGGAAGUUGAGGCAGGCGCGCCUGUCGACGAGAUGACAUGGUUCGUAUCGCCGCUUACGCGGACAUGCCAGACCUUUCUCAACUCCUGGGAGGGGUUGUACCGCUCGCCGCAGAUCUGGGAGGAUUGGCGCGAAAUCUAUGGCUCGCACACGUGCGACAAGCGUAGUCCGCGGUCGAUCAUUGCGGCACGCUUCCCCAUGAUGGAGAUUGAAGAGAGCAUGAGCGAGCACGAUGAGCUGUGGCGACCGGAUGACCGCGAGACGGACGAGCACAUGCAGAUGCGCAUGCGACGGGCCAUGGAUCGCGUCAUGAGCGGAGACUACACCACCUAUAUCAGCGUCACGGCCCAUGCGGCCAUCCUCCGCAACCUUCUUGCCGUGCUUGGCCACCGGGCGUACCCGCUCGCGACGGGCGAGAUGAUCCCAGUUGUAAUCAAGGCCACACGCAUGAGUGGGGCGUGA